UCGACACUUCAAGGCAUCAAGACAUGGUCAACCUGCGCUCUCAAAAACGGCUCGCCGCAGCCGUCGCUGGCGUUGGCAAGCGCAAAAUAUGGCUCGACCCCGCUGAGCAGGCGGAGAUCGGCAACGCCAACUCCCGUUCGCACGUCAAGAAGCUCAUCAAGGACGGUCGGGUCAUCAUCAAGCCCACCGUCAUCCACUCUCGCGCCCGCACCCGGGACCUCCUUGCCGCCAAACGGAAGGGUCGGCACACUGGUCCCGGUAAGAGGAAGGGUACCGCGGAGGCUCGUAUGCCCACGAAGGUUCAAUGGAUGCGCCGCCAGCGUGUGCUGCGGAGACUUUUGAGGAAGUACAGAGAGGCUGGCAAGAUCGACAAGCACCUGUACCACUCGCUGUACCAAAAAUCGAAGGGUAACGUCUUCAAGAACAAGCGUGUUCUCAUGGAGUACAUCCACAAGGCCAAGGCCGAGAAGAACCGCACCAAGAUCCUCACCGACCAGAUGGAGGCUCGCCGGUCCAAGAACAAGGCUGCUCGGGAACGCCGUGCCCAACGGAUCGCCGAGAAGCGGGCUGCUAUCAUCGCUGUGGAGCACGAGGCACCAGUGCAGCAGUAAAUUACGCAUACGCGUACAGGUCAUGCCUUACCUAUCCAUUUAUUCAUCCGGUCGCCGUUCUGUAUCUCUUAUGCUAUGCAUGCAUGCCUCUACGCUAUACGAUGGUUUUUCAUACGUAACAGUGCAGUGCAUCUGGGUGGCUUCAAGGUGCAGAUAUAUUCAUCAUAUCAGAUGCUCUUCAUGGCCAGCAACUGUUCAUUCCAACGCGAGUCUCUCUGUGGUCAGAAGGCAUAGAACGUGCUUUGGCUCCGCAGCUUUCAUUGAAUGAAGCUUGAAUCGUCAUAUGUUGUGUCCUUUUCCUUGGGUUCUGUCAUCCAGAUUCGGACUGCACGAAGAUUUACGCUACGCAUAUUAAGUACAUGGCAAAUGCAACGAAGGAAAUC